AUGGACGGUGUCUUCACCUAUCCGGAGCAUCCCUUUGAUCCCGAUUUGUGCGAUACCAUCGCAAAAUUCCACCCUGGUCUGACCGAUAUAGCCUUGUCUGGCCUGCUGAGUCAUCAGAUAAUCAACCUGAUUGCCCACAUCAAUGCUUGGGAGCAGGACAUCAACACCUACCUGAGAGCGUCCGACGUGUACAAUCUCCACGAGCUCUCACAAAGCGCCCGCAACGUCACUCUGUGUGGAGAGUUCCUGCACAAGCGCGGUCUGUCGCUGAUGGAACAACUCCUCGUGAUCGCGUUGAUGGCCUUCUGCUAUUCGACAGAUACGACGCGCGCAAUGUUCUACCUGACAAACGCUUACCUGCAGAUUCAUUGCAAGUUCAUGAGGACUCUGUUCAUAGAGGUGACGGAUAGAAACGAGGCAUUCAUCACCUGGGUGGGCACGACGCUUGUUGCGACAUUCGACCCGUCAGGACAGCCCUCCUUGCUGGGGAUCCAGCUCUUGAGGGCCCGACCGAACGCACGGAACUGGCAGGCCAAUGUUCGCCUGUGCGAGAGUUACUUUUGGAAUGAUGCGUUGUCGUUGAGGCUUGCGUCGAAGAUCGGCCAUCUUGGAGGAGUAGAACGUCAAGGUCAAGGCUGA